UUAGCUUCAUGACUAUCACACAGUCCCCAGCUUUAAUUCAAACUUCACCUCUCUCUCUCUCUCUCUCUCCAAAGGUUCUCUCUUCUUUCUAAAACACUUUCCUUUCUAGCUUAAAAUAGGUUUGUUGAUACAGUUCUUACCGCCCAGUCCAUAUCUUUCCAAAAAACAGAACAUUUCUCAUUGUCUCUUUUAGUCGCUGAUAUACCUUCCAGUGUCUGAUAUUUGCAAAGUGGGUUUCUCAUGGAGUUCUCCCAAAUGCUGCUCAGAUCCUAAAAGAGAAGUAACUAAGUGUGGUAGCGUUGUCUUGUAUAAAGAUAUCAAGGGGAAAAGGAAAACAUAGUGCCCAAAAGAUCAUAAGCUCUUUUUGAUCUAUCUUCUUCUAUCAACAGUCUUUAAGCGAAUCAAUGCCAAGAUCAAGGGGAACUGAAAUGCCACAGAGGCAGUCUCCUCGAGGCCCACAUCCACUCAGGACAUCAAGUUCUGAUUCUGAUCCACUGCAUCAUCGACCAACUACUGAACGGAGUCCCAAGCUAGCGGAUCGUCGGUCCCCGAGAGGUGCCCAAACUGAUUCACUAAGCCAGAAGAAACUUGGUACCCGCAUUGCAGAUUUAGAAUCUCAACUUAGGCAAGCACAAGUAGAACUAAAGGUUCUAAAAGAUCAAUUGGUUUCAGCUGAGGCUGCCAAAAAAGAAGCUGAAGAAGAAUUGGAGAAGAAAAGCAAGAGGCCAGUUGUUUCUGAACCAGUGGAAAUCCAAGGAAAGGAUCCUCCUUCAGAAAUUCAAGAAUCUAAGAAAAGCAAGAAGCUAGUUGUUCCUGAACCAGAGGAAAUCCAAGGAAAGGAUCCUCCUACAGAAAUUCAAGAAUCUAACUGUAACAAAAAUGAUACCAGUGCUCCAGAUGACAAACAACCCGAAACUGAUGUUUUUGAAGUUCCAGUAGAAAAAGUGACAGUUGAGCCCAAGAUUGAACACACCCAUCUGACCGAUCAGGUUGAAAAGGAAACCAAGCCCAUUGACAUUUCAACAGAGACACCGGCAAAUCCUGAGCCGGAGAAACCAUCCUUCCAUGACUUGGCUCUGAAUAAUGACGAGAUACAUAUACCAAAAGCCAAGUUAGAAGAGAAGGAACAGGAGCUAGAGGUGUUCAUUAAAGAAAAUGAGAACCUGAGAAACCAGGUGAUUGAAGCAGCUUUAAAAAUAUCAUCUGCUCAAACCAAAGAAGAAGAAACGGUCUUGAGGUUGAGCCAACUUGGAGAAGAGCUGAAAACAAGUAAAGCAAAUGCAGCUCAGCUGAGUGAGAAGAUGAAAGCUGUGGAAGAAGCAAAGGAGGCAUUGGAAGAAGAGAUGAAGAAGCUGAGAGUACAGACAGAGCAGUGGAGGAAAGCAGCGGAUGCUGCAGCAGCAGUGCUUGCUGGGGAUAUGGAGAUGAAUGGGAGGAUCUAUGAGCGAUGUGUCUCCAUGGAUAAGCAGUUUGGUGGUGUAUUUGAGCCACCAACUGGUGGAUACGCUAGUUUUGGCGGAUCACCCAGGAUGGCUGGUGAUUUGGAUGAUGGUCCUGGAAGUGGAAAGCGAAAGGGUUCUGGGAUCAGAAAGUUGGGACACUUGUGGGGAAAGAAGGGCCAGAAAUGAAACUCUCUCUAAGGUGAGUUUAAAACCUGCUGCACUCUUUCGAAGUAUGUAUAAUGGGAGCGAAAUAGUUGCUUGCUGUUUCGCAGGUGAUAUGUUUAAUGUUUUAGGGGUUCCAUCAUUUUCUCCAUCUUGUUCCCAGUAGUUGGUGCUUGUAUAUUCAAAGCUUUAUUGGGAUGUAUGUUGUAUGGACUAUGUUUUUGGAAACCCUUACUGCCAGAUAUGGUUCAUUUUGGAUGUCCUAUUGUUAAAACAAUUAUUUUCUAGCUAAUCUAAUAUCUACAGUUCAGUGCAA